CGAAUGAAAAAGAAAAACAACAAAAUCUGGCGUUCGGUGUUAAUUUGAAUCCCACUCUCCGCGGUGUUUGGUGGAAUCGCUCGCUAGUGCUGCGCUUCGUGUAAUUUAUUUUAUUGUUGUGUUCGGGUGUGUAUGGCAACAUAGUUUGUGUACGUCGGUGGAAACGCGACAACUCAUCUGGAGAGGACACAGGAAACCUGAGUGCAUUUUUCGAAAUUUGGUCCGUUUUUUAAAUUCUUCGCCAGGUGAUACCAUUUUUCGUGAUUGAGUGUGUUGUUUUGUUGAAUUUUAUUCGGCGUAAGGCACGUACGACCGUCACGUGUGGCUGUGUAUGUAUAGGCCCCAAAUCCCGCUCAACCGACGGCCAGCGGCAGCACCAACACCACUACCGGCGCCAUCGUUCAAACAGAGGAGUUCUUUGCUCGAUAUUUUAUUUCGUACCAGUCAGCAGCAGCACUCGAUGAAUUGAGACGAAGAAGAAGGCGGCACUCAUCACUCGCGGUCACUCCGCAGGCAUAGAAAAGAAACUCCGUCAGCGAGGCACCAAUCCGGCCGGCCAGCAGUGUGACGAGGACAGGUAUACCGCAAGUGGAUGAGCGAGCGAGACGAGGAAAAAAAUCGAGUAGAAGAGUUUGGUGAUCGAAAAAGUUAAUCAAACGUUUGCUUGCUUUGGUUGUGCUGUGUGCGGUCAUACAACACAACGCGAAAAGUGAAAAAGUCCUCAUCGAAAGUGGUGAUUGGAACAUUCGAAGGCCGUCAAAGAGGGAAUAGCAUUCGGUUCCGUCGGAGUGACAUUUUGAAAAAGUGUCCCCAAGACCAGGAAAGUGGGAAACUAGCGCUUGUGGUUCCACCCGGACAACGGUCUGCGCCGUAUAAUCUGUUGAACUUUUUUUUUUUUUUUUAUUGUGUUCCGGAGUCGUCUGUGACCGAGGACAAGGCAGCAAUAAUAUUAACCAGCGCGAGCAAAGGUACAGAGUGCAUCACAAACGUCACAUCAAAAACAAUGGAGAAAAGAAUAGCGCUGGAAAAACGCGGACUGCCGGAUGAACAGAUCGUUGAACUGAUCCUGGACAACUGCCGCAGCACCAGCAUCGAGGGCCUUACCGACAGCUUCACUGCGCUGGAAGUGCUCUCCCUCAUCAACGUUGGUCUGGUAUCACUCAAGAGUUUCCCCAAGCUGCCCAGCCUGCGCAAGCUGGAGCUGUCCGACAAUCGGAUUUCCAGCGGGCUGAACCAUCUCACCGGAAGUCCCAAGUUGACACACUUGAACCUGUCCGGCAACAGGAUCAAGGGCUUCGAGGAGCUGAAACCGCUGAAGGAGCUGGGGAAGCUGGAGGUGUUGGAUCUGUUCAACAAUGAGGUCACGAUGACGGAGAACUAUCGGGAUAAAAUUUUCGAGUUGAUUCCCUCGCUGAAAUAUUUGGAUGGAUUCGACAAAGAAGACGCCGAGGCUCCUUCAGAUGAAGAGGAUGGUGGCGGAGAAGAAGAGGAAGACAACGCAUGUUUUUCGAUCAAUGGAAUCGAAAUUGAUUUGAGCGAGCUAGCGAGGUUCGAGUCUCGGGUGAAGCAGAAGCGGGCCGCCGUUUCAGCGGAAGAUUUCACCCAACCGCGGCAGGAUCUGAACGGACUAGAGUCUAAACUAAGUCAACUGGAGCUAAGGCAGGAGGAGGGAAAAGUUGAUUCUUCCGAUGAGAUUGUGGGUGACGCCAAAGAUGACCUAGAUUUGCUGUAUGAAGAGAUCCAGAAUAGGAACAAACAACAACAGCAGCAGCCCUCCUCCAGUGAGCCACCGUCUCUCGGGUCGCUUCUGCUGGCAUUCUUGUCCCUGCUCGCCUUCGUCAAUCAGAUCUGCUUUGCCCAGCAAAGGCAGCAGCUCAUUGAGAAUAUCGAUGAUUCUUCUUCGAGUUCCGAGGAUGAAUUCAACAUUUCGCUUGCUGAGGUCUAUAAUGAUAACCUUGAUGAAGAGGGCGAUGGUUCGGAUUGGGGAGAAGAGGAAGGUGAAUUUGAAGAGGACAUUGAUGAACCCACGGAUGAUGAAGCUGAAGGAGAUGGAGUCUCCGACAGUGAAGGAGCUGAAGAGAAAGUGGCCUCUGACAGUGAAGCCGACGAUACCGAAGCCAGGGGUAAGAAGCGGAAACAUGAGGGCAAUGACGGUUAAACUUUCUUCUUUCGGAAAACCCCUUAACUUUAAUUACUGAUAAUUGUAAUUAUAAGUUUGAUUGUAAGAUUACAAAAUAAUAUUAAAGCGAAGGUAGAAUGAACACAAAAAUUGAGAAGAAAAAUUUGACCUAAUACAAAUUUACAAUAAACCAAUUGUAGAGCAGAAAGCAACACAAUAAGAAGUAGCCAACUCACCACCACAUCCACACAGCAAGGCAACGAUAGAUUACAAGAAAAAAAACAUCACCAAUACAAAAACAGAACAGAUGAACAAUUAUAUAAGAAAAAGAAUGAUUGGUGAAAAAUUUAUACAGGAACAACAUAUUCCGGUUCCGGUUGCGAUUUUUGCGUAGCCGAGCCGAGAAAUUCGUAGAGAUUGUGAAAAUCACGCGAGAAUCGGAUGAAAAUUUCAUCGCUUUUGAAAUAUGAAACACGAAACUCGUCAUCCUACUUCGAGUCGAGAGAUACGGAAGAAUCUGCUGAGUAUUUGAUCUGCAAACAGAGAAAGUAGCUGCAGGAAUAGCUGAAAUCAAAGGAAUGUCAAUAGUCCAAAUGUGGAACACAGGAUAAAUUCGUUACGUUUAAUCAGUGCAAACUAAGCUGAAAGUGAAAAGAACAAAAUGCAUCCCAUUGCUUGUUGAAUGUUAUAUCUUGUAAAGUGAUUGUAUCUCUUUUUGUAAGAAUAUUUUCAUUAGGUAUGAUAAUUUUCUAUUUUCGUCAAGGCAUGUCUUUCGUAGUUAGAGAGCCCACGCUCCUCGGCGCAGCGUGUGGCUGCCGUUGUUAAGCAGUCAUUUUUUUGACAAGGAACAAUUUUGAAUCGAUAAAAGUUUUACUCCCCUUCGCGGGAAUUUUGUCACACACACACACAUACUUCAGUCUCAGAAGCCGCGCUAGUUCACCACCAACACCAAAACCACACCACCAGUUUCAUUAGUGCCUGUUCAUUGGAAAAGAAAUAAAAUUAAAAAGUUUAGACCUUACAGCAAAAUUGCGGAGCGAUAUGUUAUAUUUUUAGUGAUUGAAGAUACCUAUUUUUCGCUAUUUGUUCCCAAAAUAAUUGAAUUGAAGUGGUUAAAAACAGACUUCACAAAGAGUCAGUGCUGCAAACAAAAGGUGUGUGUAUAAUAAUUACACAACAAACAAAAAAAGCGGAAAAAGUAGAAAUUGAAUAACAAAACAAUAGUAUGCGAAUGAGUUGAGAACCAAUGAGGAUGAGAAAAAAAGAAACAAAAUUUAUAAUUAACUGAAAAGUAUUUGUUUAAAUAAAAAAAGUAUUUCGAACUUGAUGGCGUUAGAGGCGCAUCGAUUUGGUUUACCAUCA